CGUCAUGGUGUAAGGCGACAUAAAAGUCUCUCCUGAACAUUACUAGAUGGAGCUAGUAAGUCAAUAUUAAAGGCCAAAAUUAACAUCAACUACGAAAUCAAUUUUCUAUUGCAAUAUUUUCAAUAGCUUGAGAACUUUGUGAGCUAUUGAGCUAUGCCUCUAUGAAUUCGUGGGCUAUGUUCUUGGCAUUAAGUGUUGAGUAAGUUAUUAAUCAUUUUAACUGAAGUGAGGAAGUGUUGUAGAUAAUUAUUUCACUCAUCAUGCAGUGCGAAUAGCUAUUUUUCUUCCAACGCCUAGGCACGCUUAGUCUACGCCUAGGCGAGCUAGGCGCAAGGCAAAGGCUCAACGCCCGCCUUACGCCUAGCGCCUUUUUGAACCUUGACCCCAAGAAAGAAGAGUAAAGGAAGAUUCUUUCCAGCUUCCUGUAUGUUUUAAUCUCAAGACGGGAAUUUGUUUCUCUUCUAUUCUUGUCAUGGUUUCGUACCGUUUUCAUAUGCCCAAACGUUUCAAAAUUAGAAAGACCACAAAAGGUGCGGUUCCGAAGGAUAAGAAGUUCAUGGAAGGCGUGGUUUCGGAGAUGCAGCAACUUCAGUCGGACUUGAUUCGAGGACUGUGUCAACUUCAGCUAAAACUUGAUGAGAAUCGUCCACUCCAAGAAGGAAGGAUGAGGGUGCUGGAGGAUGAAAUGAUCCCUUGUCUGAGAGAGCUAAAGUCCAUAAAUGAAGCUGCUCUGGAGGUGCCGCCAUUAGUUAGAGAUGCAAAUCAUGUACCUAUUGGAGUCGAACCCAGCACUAAGUACCUCAAGGAGUUGGAUUAACGGUAAACAAUGCUCAAACCCGCUUGUCUCGUAUACCCUGAUUCAAACUGUUUAAGGAAUCGAGAAGAUGAUAGCAGUCCUCUAUUGACAUUUGCAUUGAAAGGAUGUUUGGUCAUAAGUCUUGACCUGUUGUGAUUCGACGUCGAAAGCUGGUGAGGUGGUCACAUUGUUUUUGCAAACACAGAAGGCGGCCAAGGUCGCAAUUAAUUUCUUUGAUUACAUAGCAGCAGCAGAGUAAAAAACAAUGUCCACG